GCAGGCCUGGCCGCCCGCACGGCCGCCCCGGCCGCAAGAAGGACGACGAGGAAGAGGAGGAAGGCAAGCCUGGCCGCCCGCACGGCCGCCCCGGCCGCAAGCAGGACGAGGAGGAGGAGGAAGGCAAGCCUGGCCGCCCGCACGGUCGCCCCGGACACAAGAAGGACGACGAGGAGGAAGAGGAGGAAGGCAAGCCUGGCCGCCCGCACGGCCGCCCCGGCCGCAAGAAUGACGAGGAGGAGGAGCACGAUGCUCCCGGCCACGGCAGGCCCCAUGGCCGCCCCGGCCGCAAGAACGACGAGGAGGAGCACGAGGCUCCUGGCCACGGCAGGCCCCAGCACGGUCGGCCCCAGCACGGCCGCAAGGAUGAAGACGAGCACGAGGCCCCCGGUCACGGCAGGCCCCAGCACGGCAAGCACGGGGCUGGCGCUGCCGCCGGUGCUGCCGCAGCGGGAGCGGGUGCAGCCGGAGCGGCGGCGGCGGCGGGCCACGGGAAGCACAACCAGCAGCAACAGCAGCAGCAGCAACAACAACAGCAGCAGCAGCAGCAGCAGCAGCAGCAGCAGCAGCAGCAGCAGCAGCAGCACGCUCCCAGCCACACCACCCCCAUGGAGGUCGACCACAACAACGAGAACCCCCACGCCGCGGGCGGCCACGGCGGCCAAGGCCACGGCGGGCAGGGCCACCAGCAGGCGGACCAGAACUCCGAGCAGGCCAAGAUCGAGGAACAGCGGAGGAAGGACGAGGCGGAGCGCAUCAGGCUCCAGAAGAUCGCAGACAACCAGCCGCAGCAGCCCCAGCAGCCCCAGCAGCCGCAGCAGCCGCAGCAGCCGCAGCAGCCUCACCACAGCAGCGGCCACAACGCCGGCUCUGGCGGCACUGUGACGGUCAAGGAGGGAGAGUCCAUCCAGGCUGCUCUCGACGCUGCCUCCCCUGGCACCACGAUCCUGAUCGAGGCUGGCACCUACCACGAGGCUUUCAAGUCCCGGGACUUCACGAUCGACGGACUGAUCAAAGAGGACUGCAACAAGGACAACGUGAGGGAGUGCUUCCGUGCCAAGUGCCUCGCCGUCAGGGGCAACCGCCAGCCCCGUGACCACACCAACGAGAAGGGCGUCGCGUACAAGUCCGCGGUCGACGGCGUUGUCGUCAAGAACAUGAAGAUCUACAACUGCGGCGGCGAGGGCAUCCGCAUCCGGUACUUCGUCACCAACUGCGUCCUCUUCCACAACCGCAUCACCUCCACCGGCUGCUACGACUUCAAGUUCGACGAGGGUGACCACGGCGUCAAGAACGGAGAGGGCAUCUACGUCGGCACCUCAAGCAAGCAGUGGAGCAAGAACGUGACUGACGAGCCGGACAUCUGCCGCUGGACCCGCAUCUACGAAAACUACAUCGACACACACGGUAACGAGUGCGUGGACGUGAAGGAGGGCGCGGUGGACACCGUCAUCGAGACCAACUACUGCACCGGACAGCUGGACGAGGAAUCUGCGGGCAUCGACUCGCGCGCCAGCUCCACGACCAUCCGCUACAACAAGGUGGUGGGCUGCAAGGGCGCCGGCGUGCGCCUCGGCGGGCACAAGGUCGGCCGCGAGCAGUACGGCGUCAACUGCAAGGUGUACUGCAACAUCCUCGAGAACAACGAGUACGCCGGGGUGAAGGUCAUGACCGAGCCCAACGAGAUCUGCCAGAACACCAUCAGCGAACACCAUCAGCGGCAGCGACAAGGCCUUCCGCGGCGAUGCCGCCAAGAGCUUCGAGGAGGGCAGCGAGUGCCCCUUCGACGUGAAGCCUCCCCAGCAGGACAUCGAGACCACCCGGUGGUUCCAGAACUGCAAGCCCUAGCUCACGUCGCCGUGGAGCGAAGUCUUAACGACGAGCGAAAAAGGGAGGCCUGCGCAUCCGUUGGGUUGGCCUCGCAUAAUAUAGCCGUCCGUCCGUUUCCGCAUGGGCGGAGAGUUGACCAGGGGGAUCGGGAGGGGCCGUAGAGUAGUAGUUGUGGCCUGACUUAAUAACUAACGAGGACAUGUUUCCUAAUAGGUGGUCGGGCGAAAGACAAGGAGCAGCUUGAGCUUGAGGAGAUACGGCUGCGUAAUGCAUGUCUUGUGUGUCUCUCUCUUUCGCGCACGCGAACCGCCGUUUGAUAGGCUCGGGUAGCCAUGAAUCUUGAGAAAGACUCGCAAUUCAAUCCUUGGUUGCAUGUAUGCAUACCACUCCCGUCUGUCUGCAGAUUUUAGAUGUGAUCCUCGACACGACGUGUUGUUUGUCCUGCAUUUUUUUGUGACAGCGGGAACGGUUUCUUUCGUGUUUUCCCUGUUUUUCUUCGUAUCGAUGUGUGCCGCGCUUACACCCCCCCUGCGCGGAUGUUUUUUGUCCAGUUUGUCCUCUAGACGUCUUCGCGUAGCAUAGAAAAAGUCGCGCAUCUCGGACGUCAAAUGACGUCUCUUGCUGGUCCUCGUCAGUGCCACUUAAGUUUGGCUAUGGGGGGUAGACACUUGGCUACAACCAAACAGCACAGGAUUGACACUUGGCUACAACCAAACAGCACAGGAUUGUUUUUUUCUUUUGGCCAGCCCAUGUUGUUUCUGCAUGGGCCUAAAGCUUCCUCUGGUGACCGUUUCAGGAGGUUGUAACCAGCAAGAGAUCGGGGAUGGGGACUCCGUGGAUGUGGCGGGUAGGUAAUGCGCCCCGUAUUUGUCUUCGUUUUGCGUUCAUUUUCCUUGGAUUCUUGAACUUCGAUCCCCCACGUAGUAGAACGUAGUAAAUCGUGGACGGGAGUAAGUUUUUUGCGGUGAUGGUACAACUGAGUGGCUUUUCUUCCCAAUAAAGUUCUAUACAUGAUGC